GAUACUUUUUAUGCCUUCUUAGUGAAAGCGAUAUAUUAAAAUGUUUGUUAAAUACACGGUCGAGGGCACAGCACCAGCAAAACAACGAUAAUUAUUUAUUAGGUCUUAUCGAUCACUUGAACCUUGUUGAUACAGAUACGUCAUAAGAAAAAACUCAUAAUGAUAAAUAUGUAAAGGUCUUAACUGCUCUCGUUAUAGCUGAAAGAAAUAAUAAUUUAGCUGCAUAGUCAUCUAUCCUGAAAAUAUAAAGCACGUGCUUAAUCGUUCCUACACCACCUAUAUAACUGUAAUUAAUAAAUGAUAUUCAUAAAUAUUAAUGCACAGCGUGUGCGAACUGAUAAUUCUCCUAUAUUUUGAACAAAAUAAUAUUAGCUAAGAAUUACGUUAGACUUAGAAUAUCAAGCUUAUAAAUUCUAGAUAACUUAAUCAGAAUCCUCUAAGUGUCAAAAAGGAUCGCAGGUCAUGCCGAAGCUUUAUCCAUAUAGUCUACAGAAUUUUGUGACAACUGACAGUGUUUUUUUAUUUUUUUAUGUAACUGGUUCCACAAUAUGUACAAACCCCGAUCAUCACAGCAAACGUGUUUUAGACGCCCCAUGCAAAAAACAGCAAACAAACGAACAAUCAAAUAAACAAACAAACCAUGCCAUAGGGUAUCACUCAAAAGCUAAAAUAAUGAAUAUUUUGAAAUUGAUAAUGCUUAAAUCAAACAAGGUAUACUUCUAGGAAAAAAAUAUGUGAUUUGUUUUGAAACUCCCCUAGUGGUGAACCAUUAUUUUAGCCUUUUUGCUUUAAAAUAUAUUAUAACCAUGGCAACAGUCUUAACUCAAACAACGUCGAAUCAUCAUAUUAGCUUUCAUAAUUAUACAAAAGAUAUAUGCGUAACUACAAAGAAUGUUCAUUAUAAUUUGAAGAUCGUAAAUCAUGUUUUCAAUUAGCUUCAUGCAACAAAAGUCGGAUACGCAGUUCAAAGAAAGGGUUAAUUAAUUAUACAUGUGCGUUCCUUAAUUGCAUCCUAAUUAUUCCACAAGAAAUUGGUAUAAAUGCGGUAUAAAAACCUCACUCCAGUUAAGUUUUCUCACAUUGGCUUAUGCGGAUAAACUGAAGGCAAACAUGAUCUCACUUACAUUGAAAUGCUUAUUUCUUUUCGUCAUAAUUUUGGUAUGGAACAUCGAGGAAAGUGAUGCACUCACUUGUUUGAAGUGUGAUCCAACGAAAUGUACGACACCAGCAAAUUGCAAAGGUGGUUUAGUACUUGAUGUAUGCGGCUGCUGUAAAGUUUGCGCCAAAGUAUUAGGCGAAAAUUGUGCAGGACCUUUUAAUAUCGGUGGCAUCUGUGACAAAGGAUUGGCGUGCAAGAAGGUUGUGAAGCCAGGAGAUUUAGAGUUCAACGUAUUUGGUACUUGCCAGUGUCCUGCUCUAUCCUGUGAAAAGAAAUGUCGUUUUGGUCAUGUUUUAGAUAGCAAUGGCUGCAAAACUUGUACUUGCCACAAAUACCCAAAAUGUCGAGUCAGUUAUUACUCCCGCCAUCAUAGCUAUGGAUAUUCAUACUGCCACAAGAAAGAAACAAUAUUUUGCUCAAGGCAUUGCCACAGUUGUUGUCGACAUACAAGUACCUGCCCUCCAAACCAAUAUUUCAGAAGACAUCUGUUCUCAUGUAAACACCACCAAUACCACAAGAGGUGGUAAACACGCAGCAAGGAUUCCUGCCUGAUUAUAAUUGUAUCUAAUUUUUAAAACACAAUGUUAUUUGUAAAA